AUGAAGUACUCCAUCGUUGUUGCAGCUACCGCUUCCGAGGCCGCUCCUCUUCAAUAUAUCGCUCCUUUCACUGCUACCUCUAUCGGAGAAUACUUCCGAGACUCAGGAAAACAUGCUCUCAUCAUCUUCGACGAUCUUUCCAAACAAGCCGUCGCAUACCGUCAAAUGUCUCUUCUUCUUCGUCGUCCUCCUGGACGUGAAGCGUAUCCAGGGGAUGUAUUCUAUUUACAUUCACGUCUCCUCGAGCGUGCUGCCAAGAUGAACGACAAGCACGGUGGUGGAUCUUUAACUGCCCUCCCCAUUAUUGAAACCCAAGGUGGUGAUGUGUCAGCUUAUAUCCCAACUAACGUUAUUUCUAUUACUGAUGGACAAAUUUUCUUGGAGGCCGAACUUUUCUACAAGGGUGUUCGUCCAGCCAUAAACGUCGGUCUUUCUGUCUCCCGUGUCGGAUCUGCUGCGCAACUUAAGGCCAUGAAGCAAGUUGCUGGUUCCUUGAAGCUUUUCUUGGCUCAAUACCGUGAAGUCGCUGCUUUCGCACAAUUCGGUUCCGAUUUGGAUGCUGCUACCAAGCAAACUCUUAACCGCGGUGAAAGAUUGACUGAGCUCCUCAAGCAAAAGCAAUACUCUCCUAUGGCUGUUAACGAAAUGGUUCCUCUCAUCUACGCCGGUGUCAAUGGUCACCUCGACUCCGUACCAGUCAACAAGAUUCUCACAUGGGAGGCUGACUUCCUCUCACAUCUUAAGACCAACGAAGCCGAUUUGUUGGCAACAAUCGAUAAGGAGGGUGCUCUCAGCAAGGACCUUGAGGCUAGAUUGAAGGAUGUCGUCACUUCUUUCACCAAGAGCUUCGUCUAA